CCCUUUUUGUCCACAUUCGAGCCCCGUAGUAGUCACAAUCUGCAACACCGCAGAACGCUGUCCAGAAACUCAAAAACUGAUGUUUUAUCCUCUGAAAUAGGAUUAAUAUCGGCCGCUCCUCUCCCCAUGGCGGAGGUCUAUUAUGUCGGAGUGGACGUGGGGACUGCCAGUGUGAGGGCAGCACUGGUGACCAGGACAGGCCUGCUGAAGAGCACUGCAGAGGAGCCCAUCAGCAUCUGGGAGCCCCAGUCUGACCACUAUGUCCAGUCCUCCACAGAGAUCUGGGACACGGUGUGCACAGUUGUUAAGAGAGUAACACACAGUGUCGAGAGGAGUCAGGUACGAGGGAUCGGCUUUGAUGCUACCUGCUCUCUUGUGGUUUUGGACCAAAGCUUCCAGCCUGUACCAGUCGAUCAGGAUGGUGAUGGACAAAGAAACGUGGUGAUGUGGAUGGACCAUCGUGCUGAAGAGCAGGCCGCUCGUAUCACAAACACCGACCACGGGGUCCUGAGCAGGGUGGGAGGAGUCAUGUCACCAGAGAUGCAACCUCCGAAGCUGCUCUGGCUCAAAGAGAAUCUAAGAGAAAGUUGCUGGAACAAAGCUGCCCACUUCUUCGAUCUUCCAGACUUCUUAUCAUGGAAGGCAACAGGCUCUUUGACACGGUCUUUAUGUACUCUUGUGUGUAAAUGGACGUACUGUCCUCCAGAAGGAUGGGACUCUAGUUUUUGGACAAGCAUAGGACUGGAGGAUCUACUGGAAAAUAACUUUUCCAGAAUAGGUAGUGUGACGUGUCCUCCAGGGAGCCCGUUGGGACACGGCCUCACUCAGGAGGCAGCAGCAGAUUUGGGUUUGGAGCAAGGAACAGCAGUUGGUGCUUCCCUCAUCGAUGCUCAUGCGGGAGGCCUUGGUGUGAUAGGUGCAGAUGUAACAGGCUUUCAGUUACCCUGUGAGGACCAGCCAAUCAGCUCACGCAUGGCGAUGAUCUGUGGGACGUCAACCUGUCACAUGGCGAUCAGUGAGCAGCCUCUGUUUGUGCCCGGGGUGUGGGGGCCCUGCCUGUCUGCCAUGGUGCCCGACAUGUGGCUCAACGAGGGAGGACAGAGUGCUACGGGAAGGCUGAUUGAGCACAUGGUGAAGGGCCACGUCGCCUACACGCAGCUCCAGGAACAGGCUCGACAGAGAUGUCCCAUCACUGGCAAGAACAUCUACAGCUACCUGAACAGCCACCUCAGUUUAAUGGCUAACUCUCCUUCUGCUGUCGACCUGCUGGGCUCCAGUCUUCAUGUGUGGCCCGACUUUCAUGGGAACAGGUCGCCCCUGGCUGACCCCACGCUGAAGGGCAUGGUGAUCGGACUGCCGCUUUCUCAAACCCUGGACGACUUAGCCUUCCUCUAUUUGGCGACUGUACAGGCCCUUGCUCUGGGUACUCUUCAUAUUCUGGAGUCCAUGAAAGAAGCCGGACAUGACAUCAGAACCCUCUUCUUGUGUGGCGGGUUGAGCAAAAAUUCUCUUUUUGUACAGAUUCACGCCAAUGCUACAGGGUUGCCUGUGGUUUUGCCUGACCAGCAGGAGGCUGUGUUAAUAGGAGCAGCAGUGCUGGGUGCGUGUGCGUCCAAGGACUACAGCACUAUACAGGAGGCGAUGGGAAAAAUGGCCAAAGUGGGGAAAGUUGUUCAUCCUGACCGUGAACUCCAGAGCUUCUAUGACAGAAAGUACAAGGUGUUCCUGCGACUGUUCGCCCACCAGAGGGAGUAUCAGACCCUCAUGGACCAGAGAUGACACUACUGGUGGGAGAAGGCCGAGCUGGGAGUGACUCCCUAUGACGUAAUGGUGAUAACGAAUCCACAUGCUGGAGAUAAAAAAUCAGUUGUCUGUGCUGUACUGCUUUACCUGAUGUUUUUCAUUAUAUUUUUUAAAUAAUUUUUCAAUAAACCGAAGAAAGAAAAGGCAGCUUUCUGCGGAUGAAUGUCUGUGCAGGGGUUUGGCAGAUUUCUCACCACCUGGCUGUUAUAACGGAAGAGACUUCCAAAGAGAAGAGCUGUUUAGACUUCCCAUGGCUGUAGCUGCUCUUCUAACCCAAAUAAAGAGGAGGAUGUUGGAGGUGACCUGCUCCAAAGUGAAAGACCAUCAAGUACCAUCAUCUUAAAAUCUUUCCUAAUAAAUGAUUGAAACGAUA